UGUUACCCUUGUAGAAGGGGAGCGUGCAGUGCCCGUGUGGCCGUGUCCUGCGAUCUGGAUCAAACCCGGGCGCCGGCGGCUGCGUGCGGUGCGGCACUAGCUACUAGCCUACGAGACACGAGCUUGCCUCGGUCGGCCAUGAGGGUGGUGGUGACGGGCGCGACGGGGUUCAUGGGCGGCCGCCUGUGCGCGGCGCUGGCCGACGCCGGCCACGACGUGCGCGCGUUCGUGCUCCGCGGCGUCGACGCCUCCGCACUCCCUCCCUCCGUCGAGGUGGUCUACGGCGACGUCACCGACGAGGACUCGCUCGCCGACGUCUUCCAGGGAAGCGACGCCGUGUUCCACGCCGCCGCCGCCGUCGAGGCGUGGCUCCCCGACGCCUCCAUUUUCCACACCGUCAACGUGGGGGGACUUGAGAAUGUGUUGAAGGCUGUCAAGAGAACGCCAGCAGUGAAGAAGAUAGUUUACACAUCGUCAUACUUCGCAAUUGGCCCAACCGAUGGUUAUGUCGCUGAUGAGAAACAGAUUCAUCCAGGGAAAGCAUUUUGCACAGAGUAUGAGAAAUCAAAGUUUCUAGCAGAUGAAAUUGCCCUGCAGGCAGCAGCAGAGGGUGUGCCAAUCACCAUAGUCUACCCAGGCGUUAUGUACGGCCCUGGAAUGCUUACAUCUGGAAAUCUUGUCUCCCGCGUGUUGAUUGAAAGGUUCAAUGGGCGUCUACCUGGUUACAUAGGAGAUGGAUACGACAGGGAGUCGUUCAGCCAUGUCGAUGAUGUGGUAAGCGGCCACAUAGCAGCCAUGGAGAAGGGCAGAGUUGGAGAAAGAUACCUCCUCACCGGAGAGAACGCGUCAUUCGUGCGGAUUUUCGAUCUGGCUGCGAGUAUUGCAAACACAAAGCCACCCAAAUUCCACAUACCUCUAUGGUUGCUUGCAAUCUAUGGGUGGAUUUCAGUUUUGGUUGCUCGCAUCACUGGAAAACCACCACUCAUCAGCUACCCUGGAGUGGAUUGUCUCAGACAUCAAUGGGCAUACUCAUGUGACAAGGCCAAGAAGGAGCUGGGCUAUAGUCCUAGGAGCUUAACUGAAGGAUUGGCAGAGACGCUCUUAUGGCUGAAGAAUGAUAAACUGAUCAAAUUUUAGAGCUGUAUCCGUUUCUAUUUGGGUCCAUCCAUUUUGAUUUUUUUUUAUCAUGUCAUCCAACAGAACUACUACGUAGUAUAGAAGACAUGAAUAAAGAAGUGAGCAACAUCACCAAGAA